AUGCGCCCAAAGUCAGAAUCAUCGUACCCAUCGCACAAGGUUAUUGUUGGAGAAGAACAAUUUUUGACUGCUUCAGACUUGACGUACGUGCAAUUUUCUGGACAAUCCAAUCUGUACGCCAAUCCAAUCAUGCCCAAGAAAUACACCACUGCUACCAGAAUCAACAGUUGUUUCAUCAUCUUGCUGGAAUGUUGGACUAGGUUACUGAUACCGUUGAAUGUACGUGCACGGCAAGGCAGGGGUUUAAUUUAUAAAGUUGACUGGAAAUAA